AUGCUAUUUAAAUCAAAAAGUGUCCCCCGAGUAUAUAGAAUUUUUUUUGACAGGAAUUAUGCUAUAAAAAUAAGUGGGAGUGCUGUGGCUGCGUCUCAAAAGCUCGGCAACCUACCUCUUUUGAAGGUUCCACCACCAAGAAUAUUAAAAGAGCACCUUGAUGAUUAUGUUAUCGGUCAAGACAUUGGAAAAAAGGUUUUGAGUGUUGCUGUUUAUAAUCACUACCUGAGAAUCAAUGACAAGCAUAGAAAGCUUCAAUUACAAAGAAAAAGGGAAAUGCUGAACAGGGAACAAGAACAAAAAAAAGACGACGAGAACGAACCAAUCGUAGCUAGCAGCAGUGAAUCGCAAGCAGGUUUGAAAAAUUUGCAGAGUCAAUUUGAAUUUGAUUUGUCUAAGGUAGAUGAAGAUUUGGAAUUGAGCAAGAGCAACGUACUCAUAGUUGGACCAUCGGGUACUGGAAAAACUUUGCUAGCAACAACUUUGGCAAAGGUGCUAGAUGUUCCAAUUGCUAUAACAGAUUGCACUCAAAUGACACAAGCAGGCUAUAUAGGCGAAGACGUGCAAGUUUGCAUAGAGAGGCUUUUGAUCAAUGCAGAUUACGAUGUCGCAAAAGCUGAAAGAGGUAUAAUCGUCUUAGAUGAAAUAGAUAAGCUCGCCAAACCUGCAGCCAGUAUUGGUACAAAGGAUGUGUCUGGAGAAGGAGUCCAGCAGUCAUUACUUAAGAUUCUGGAAGGUCACAAGGUAGAGCUCACUGUUAAGCGGCCAGUGAAAAUCAGUAAAGAUAACAAUAACAAUCAGGCAACUUCUAAAAAGGACGAAUCGUUCACUGUAGAUACUUCAAAUAUUCUAUUCAUGAUCAUGGGUGCCUUUAUAGGUUUGGAUAAACAUGUGAAAGCUAGAAUUACCAAAUUACAAGACAAUAGCAAAUCCUCAGGUAAGUCGUCUGAAAUCGAUAAUUCCCAGAACUUAAGAUUUAGCAAUAAAGUAGAGGAAAUUGAGUUACAAAACGGGAAGAAAACGUGUGCGCUAAACUUGGUGACUCCUUCUGACCUUGUUACUUUCGGACUAAUACCAGAACUGAUAGGAAGAGUUCCUAUCAUCACGGCACUUGAACCGUUACAAAAAGAUGAUCUUUACCAUAUUCUGAGAAAGCCAAAAAAUGCACUACUGGACCAAUACGAGUAUAUAUUUCAACAGUUUGGGGUCAGAUUAGCAAUAACACGCAAUGGACUCGAUCAUAUUGCUCGGUUAGCUUUGGCAGAAGGGACUGGGGCAAGAGGACUUAGAGGCAUUAUGGAAAGGCUUCUCCUCAAUAUUAACUACCAAUGUCCUGAGUCUGGCGUUUCAUAUGUUUUAAUCAAUGAGAAAACCGUUGAAUCCCUUCAGCAAACAAAAUACUCGCUAGCAACAAAUGUUGACGCAAAAUACUAUUCAGAAGAGCAAAAGGAUAAGUUUUUGCAUGAUGUGUAUACGGAAGAUGAAUUGUUAGGUGUGCAGCUCAAAAAAGAGCUUGCGGGAAAUGCAAUUUCAGAGAAAAGCUACUAG